AAAACAGACACUCAGUUCCCGACAAGCGACUUGAAUAAAACUAACUUGUUCCCGAAUUAUCGGAUUUAAAUUUUUUUUUUUUUUUUGCUUAAUGUUUUUUAUUGAAAAAAGGAAAAGUGAAUGUACGAUAGAAAAAAGAAUAAUUUGUGAAAGGUGUUUUGUGGUAUUUUUUUUUAAUUGUUUUUUUUGGUAUAAAAAAACAAAGCGUGUUUAGUUUUUUAUUUAAAAAAAAGUGAUUAAACAAUAUUAAUUUAAAGUGCAAAAUGAAAAUUUUAAUUAUUAAAAUUAAUUGAUUUAACAAAGAUAUUGUAUUUUUUUGUAUUAAGAAAGUUUCAUGAAAAUAUAAACGUGUGAGUGUGUCAUUUUAUUCGAGUUCAGUCAACCGAAUCACACUAUAAUUUCUACAAAUUACUAUUCACAUUUACUGAAAUAAAGAUGGGUUCACUUCAGCAACAGUCGCUAUUGAAAGGAAAAAAUAUCGACAGAAGAGAAGCCAAUGCACUUGUUCAUCAAAUUUUUAUGAACAUUCAGGCAAAUUAUUCAAAUGAAAUUGCAAUUAUUUAUGAUGAUGACAAUGGAAUGGAACAUCAAGUUUCAUAUCAAGAAUUAGAAAUAAUGACAAAUAAAAUUGCUCGUACACUUCGUAAUUUUUGCAAACCACGUGACAAUGGUGAUUCAAUUGUUGCUGUUUCCAUGAAACCAUCUCAUUAUCUUCCAAUAACUUUGCUAUCAAUUUUAAAAUCCGGUAUGGCAUAUUUGCCAUUGGACGUUGAGUUUCCAGAAUCAAGAGUUAAGCAUAUCCUCGUUGAAUCUGAACCACUUAUUGUCAUUAUUGACGGAGGCAACAAGUCAAUUUAUGAGGAAACACCUACUGUAACAUAUAACGAACUAUGGGAAAAAUCGAAGAGCGAGUCUAAUGAGCCUCUCAAUCACAAAGAUGAUCCUGAACAACUGGCUAUUGUUUUGUAUACUUCCGGUAGUACUGGUGUGCCAAAAGGUGUCAGACUUCCACAUGCAACAUUAUUAAAUCGAUUGCAAUGGCAAUGGCGUGAAUUGCCUUAUCAAAAAAAUGAAGAACGUUGUAUAUUUAAAACAGCAUUGACAUUUGUUGAUAGUGCACCAGAAAUAUGGGGACCAUUACUACAAGGAAAAACACUUGUUGUUGUUCCAAAACAUGUUACUAAAGAUCCAGAAAAAUUUAUUGAUACACUUGAAAAACAUAAGAUUCGUAGACUUGUUUUGGUACCAUCACUUUUACGAUCGAUGCUAAUGUACUUUGGUCUCAGGGAUGAUUCAAAUAUAUUACAAGAUUUAAAACUUUGGAUUUGUUCUGGUGAGCCAUUACCUUCAAUUUUGGCAAAACAAUUUUUUGAAAGAUUUCAAAAAUUUGGUCAUACACUUGCUAAUUUUUAUGGUAGCACUGAAGUUAUGGGUGAUGUAACUUAUCAUCUUUUAAAUAGUGUCAAUCAACUUGAGGGCAUGGAUAAAGUUCCAAUUGGUCGACCUCUAGACAACUGCAUAAUUUAUCUGAUCAAUAAAGACCUUCAGCUUGUUCCCCAAGGUGAAGUUGGUGAAUUAGUUGUUGCAGGUCGUAAUCUAGCUGCUGGAUAUAUUCGAGGAAGAGAUCCUUAUAGAUUUAUCAACAAUCCUCAUGCCAUUGACCCAGAGUAUUCAACAAUAUAUCGAACUGGAGAUUAUGCGAGAAUCAUCAAGGGUACCAUAAUCUACGAGGGUCGUACAGAUUCACAAAUAAAAAUUCGAGGACAUCGAGUAGAUCUUGCUGAAGUUGAAAAAUCAGUUGCUUCAGCUCCAGCCGUAGAUAAAGCAAUUGUUCUUUGCUACAAACCUGGUGAAUUAUCACAGGCUUUAAUUGCAUUUGUUACUGCAAAAUCAGAUACUUCAUUAUCAGGUUUACAAAUUGAAGAUUAUUUGCAAACUAAAUUACCACCAUAUAUGAUACCACAAGUAAUUGUCAUUGACAAUAUUCCACUAUUGAUAAAUGGCAAAACUGACAGACAAACAUUAUUAAAAAUGUAUGAAAAUUCAAGUUUUCAAGAUAACAAUAAUAAUGAAAAAAUUGAUUGUAAUUAUACUGGUGUUCCUGAGAGUUUAUUGGAACAAGCAAAAGUACUUUUUCCAACAGUGGCAUCAGUUAUUGGAAAAAGUUCAAGAUCCAUAGUUAAUAUUAAUUCAAAUUUUUAUGAAUUAGGUGGUAAUUCAUUGAAUUCAAUUUAUACUGUUACAAAAUUACAAGAUCAAGGAUAUCAAGUUGGAAUAACUGAUUUUUUAACAGCUAAAAAUAUGAAAGAUAUUUUGCUUAAAAUGACAAUUUGUUCAAAAAAUCAAGACAGUAAUGAUACCUCGGAAAAACCAAAAUUUUUCAUUGAACCAUUUCAACAUUCACAUAAAGCUGAAGUAUCUAGAAUUGUAGCUGACAGUUUUUAUGCAAAAGCAGAUUUAGAAAGAUGGCUUGCUCCAGAUAUUGAGCUAAGUGAUUAUUAUGAUUUAAUGGAUGAACUUUGGGAUCCUCUUGUGGAAAAAGGAUUUAGUUUUGUUGUAAGAUCAGCAGAUGCUGAAAAAAAAUUACUUGGUGCUUCAUUAAAUUUUGAUACAUGGGAUGAGCCAGUUUGUGAUAUCAAAUCAAAGCUAAUAAUUGUAUUUGAUUUUUUGGAAUAUCUUGAAUGUCCAAUAAGAGAAACAAAAUUACCACGUGGUAAGGGAAAAGUUUUACAUAGUUUUAUGAUGGCAACAAAUGCUGAUUUAAGUCCUGCAGAAAAUGUCAUUGUUAUUAAUGAAAUGGAAAAUGAGUGUCUUGCUUUGACACGUAGAAAAGGCUUUGAAGGAAUUUUUACAACUAAUACGAGUCCAUUGACACAGCAACUGGAUAUUGACGUUUACGGUUAUGAGGUACUUUUGGAUUAUCAAGUUAACAAAUACGUUGCUCCUGAUGGUACAAAACCGUUUGGUCUUGCUUCAGACGAUCAACGUGCACUUUGUUCUUGGAAAAAAGUCAAUUAAAUUUAAUUUUAUUAUAAAUAAAACCCAAUCAUUUAAAACAAACGCUAAUUGUAAAUAAUUUGUAUAUAUUUCCACUCAAAGAUAAAUGGAAACAACAUCCUUAGAUUAUUUACCAGCGUUGUUGAAUAGUUUAACAUAAGCAUUUACAAUUUAAUUAAAUAAUUGAUAUUUUUUUCUAGUUGGUAUAUACAUUAUUAUUAUAAAAAAAAAAACAAAUUUAUUGAGUUUAAAUACAAACUUUAUAAUAAUUACAAUAUAAUAAUAAUACAACAAAAAGGAAUGUUUUUUUUUUUUUCAAAAUUCAGUCAAUGUUUUAACGAUAAACAAAACUAGUAGCUUGAAAACCUGAAUGAAAAUAAUUAACUGAUAUUUAAUAAUUAAAAUAGUGUUUACCAUAUAAUUAUGAUUUGACAAAUAUAAAAUCAUUUGCCAAAUUAUUUGGAUGUGUUACUAAACUGUGGACAUAGUAUCCUUGUAAUUUCAUGUAAUCAAUCAUUUCUUGACGAUCAUUUUCAGCAUGAGUAAAUUCAACUGAUAGUGUCUUUAAAAAAUAAAAAGUAAAACAUUAGUGUUAUUCUAAUAAUUGUAAUAAAAAAUGUGUGCAUUAAUUUACCUUUAUAUCUAC